UUUAACUUUGAAACACUUGAACUAUGUCAGUUGACGUUUUCUCCCAUUCGCUUGCCUUUCCAGCAGAACUCCGGUCCUCUGCUGCAGCAUAGGCACCGGCAGCCACCUCCUUGAGACCUUGCUUACCAUCUAAGAGCUGGUAGCUGCAGAUGCUGAGUCAGCUUGUACCAUUUAGAGUUAAGAAGCCAGACGUUGGGAAGCCAUGGGCCGGGUGCACAGGCCUCCACCUGGGCAGCACAGGCAUUGUGAGGGAUGCAUCAACCGCCACUGCCAUGUUCCAGUGGAGCCCAGCGUCUCCUGCCCGGUGAUAAGCUGCCACCUGCUCUGUGGCGCUACCUUCCACAUGUGCAAAGAGGCAGAGCACGCGCUCCUCUGCCCUCUAGAGCAGGUUCCCUGCCUCAACUCCGAGUAUGGCUGCCCGCUCUCCAUGGCCCGCCACAAGCUGGCUAAGCAUCUGCAGGUGUGCCCCGCCAGCGUGGUCUGCUGCUCCAUGGAAUGGAACCGCUGGCCCAAUGUGGACUCCGAAACCAUCCUUCAUGAGAACAUCAUGAAAGAGACCCCCAGCGAGGAGUGUUUGGACACAGCCCUGGCCCUCCAGGACCAGAACAUUCUCUUCAGGUCCUUGAAAAUGGUAGAACUUUUCCCAGAAACCAGAGAUGCCACCGAGGAGCCAGCCAUGAAUGGUGACACCAGUUGGGAAGAGAUUGGAGGCGCGGUGGGGGGAGUGGAUGCCAGGCCAGGACCACACGGUUGUCUGCCAGCAACCGACGGGCCAGUGAUGGAACUCAGUCAGGAGGAACGAGAUGCCCUGGCGAAAACCAAAGAAGGAAUGGACUUGGCCAAGUUUGGCGAGUGGGAAAGCAUGUUCAGCAAGGAGCACGCGGCCUCGGUUUUAACGGGAUCCUCCGGGAAGAGAGAAGACAAGAGUGUGACUGGGAAAGAGCGGUGUUCCGGUGAUGGGAGCACACGUGAUGCAGAGGGCUCGCCCCGAGGGAGAGAACCACAGGAAAGCCCGAAGCCCCAGGAUCUUCCCGUUGCCAUGGAGAUGACAGGGCUUGCCCCCUGGCAGGAUGGUGUUCUGGAAAGACUGAAAACAGCUGUAGAUGCCAAAGACUACAACAUGUAUCUGGUGCACAAUGGACGUAUGCUCAUCCACUUCGGGCAGAUGCCUGCUUGUACGCCCAAGGAGAGAGAUUUUGUCUAUGGCAACCUCGAGGCUCAAGAAGUGAAAACGGUUUACACCUUCAAAAUUCCCGUGAGCUACUGCGGGAAGCGAGCUCGCCUGGGAGAUGCCAUGUUGAGGUGCAGGCCAAGUGAACACAAGGCCGUGGACACUUCCGAUUUGGGCGUCUGCGUGGAGGACCUGCCCAAAUCCGAUCUCAUCAAGACCACCCUCCAGUGUGCUUUGGAAAGAGAACUCAAAGGCCACGUCAUCUCUGAAUCCAGGAGCAUCGAUGGGCUCUUUAUGGACCUUGCCACCCAAACAUACAACUUUGAGCCAGAGCAGUUUUCCUCAGAGACCGUGUUGGCUGAUGUCCUCGGCACUGCCCGACCUGGGGGCCUGCACGUGGAGCUCCACAGUGAGUGCGUAACUCGGAGGCACAAUAAAAGCAGCUCAGCCUUCACUUUCACCUGCAACAAAUUCUUCAGGAGAGAUGAGUUUCCCCUGCACUUCAAGAACGUCCACACAGACAUUCAGUCGUGUCUCAAUGGCUGGUUCCAGCACCGAUGCCCUCUCGCCUACUUGGGAUGUACAUUUGUCCAAAACCACUUCCGCCCCCCUGGACAAAAAGCAAAAGUGAUCUAUAGCCAGGAGCUGAAGACCUUUGCCAUCAAGCCAGAGGUUGCUCCGGAGCUGAGUGAGGGAUGGAAGAGCGACCAGCUCUCAGGCCAUGGAAGGAAGAGCCUGAAUUCUCUAACCAGCCUGCCGCUGGAGGUUUUGCAAUACAUUGCUGGGUUUCUGGACAGCAUCAGCCUAGCCCAGCUCUCCCAGGUGUCGGUACUGAUGAGGAACAUCUGUGCCACUUUGUUGCAAGAGCGAGGGAUGGUCCUCUUGCAAUGGAAAAAGAAGAGAUAUUCUCAUGGAGGCACCUCCUGGAAAGUCCACAGUCAGAUCUGGCAGUUCAGCAGCCUCUUCUCCAAAAUCAAGAGCUGGGAGUUUAACGAAGUCACCUCCAUGUCCGAACACCUGAAAGCCUGUCCUUUCAACAUCGUGGAGCACAAGACUGACCCGAUUCGUUUGACCAGCAUGUGUCAGCCCCAGGAGCAGGCCCGGGAGAGCUUGGUGUCCACGUUUAGGGCCCGACCACGGGGUAGACACACCUAAAGAUUUGCACAGCCCUGCUCCUGGCUCCUCAGGGUUAGUGAAAUUAGGACAGUACGGUUUGAGGACACCCCUCAUAUCUGCUUCACUGGGUCUGAGAAUGUGUGAAGUCCUUCAGGCCUCAGCAACUACCCUAGGACACUAGUUUUCUGAGCCAUGGCUUGUAAGAUAGUGCCACAUUUUUGCCUUAUCUUAGUUCUUUCCUCUUUUCAUUUCCUAAAAUAGAUCUGUCUGGGAGAAAAUAAGUAACUUAAGGCCAUUUGAAAAAAAUGAACCCAAGUCCUUAGUUGACUAGAGAACCAGGAAAUUCUGUAACCAGCAUAGGCUGGUGAUUCCUCACUGAGCUAUCUAGUUUACAAACCACCUUCAAGUUCUUGGAGCAGGUACUACAGGGAUAGAGUCUGAGGUGCAGUGACCUUCCUGGGUAUCCCAGGUGGAGGGAAUUCAUCUGGAAGGUUCUAGAGCUUGGUCUUCCCUGAUGGUUAAGGGCUCUUUUAGUCCCCCCACUGCAUCAAAGCCCAGAUGCUUCCAACACAACCCAACAGAAUGGACCAUACUGGGUGAGCAUAGCAGUUUCAAGGACACCACAGGCCAAAGCAAAACAGUCCGUUGUCUUGGCAACACAAAGACAGAAAGUCCUUAAAAUGAAGGAAAGGUCAAAGAUCUCCGGGAACAAAGUAGCUCCUGGUUGAGAGCCACUGUCCUAAAGGUUGUUGCAACACCAAGUUAGGAUGUGCUCCCCUUUUAGUGUGACAAAUCCGAUCUCACAGAGCUAUUCAGUGGCCAUAACUUAAUGGGACUCUUACUUGUUUACAAAAUAACUUUUAAACAUGUGAUGAUGCUAAAUUGAGAACCAGAUGGAGCUGAUCUCCCCAAUAUGGUUUUGCGUCCUUGGGCCACCAAUGGAAGAAUAUAUCCUCCCUCCCUGGCCUCUUUGGGGAUACCUGAAACCAGGAAAGUAAUUUAUCUUAGGUUAAGUUACUCUUCCCUUAUUUGGUGCCAUUUCCCAGCAAUCCUAGAAGUUCUCAUGCUAAUGAAAAACAAGGAAAGGGAGGCAGGCAUCACCGGGAACCAGCCAGCCAAGAAUUCAAAUCAUGAAGGAGUCUCGCCAAUCUGUGAGCUGCUUGUCUGGGCAUCUGCCUCUCUGACCACGGUUCCUAGCUGGUGCAGAUGAAGAAGCUGGUGCGGAUGAAGAAGCUGGUGCGGAUGAAGAAGCUGGUGCAGAUGAAGAAGCUGGUGCAGACGAAGAAGCUGGUGCAGACGAAGAAGCUGGUGCAGACGAAGAAGCUGGUGUGAAUGAAGAAGCUGGUGCAGAUGAAGAAGCUGGUGCAGAUGAAGAAGCUGGUGCCUCUGCAAGGGGUCAGGAAGGCAGCAGAGCGAGCCCAGACUGAAAGCAUACUCUCUUUUCACCAUCGUCCUCUGACACUAUUGUUAACACGAUGCUAUGAUUCCUCAUCUUUACAGUUUGGGUUGUAUUUCACAAUGCUUUCUUGUGUGUGAGUCGUCAUUUUUCUAAAACUGUAUCUAGAGUGUUCUCUAAGAUUUUGUUCAGUGAAGAGGAGUACCUGAAAAUAGCUAAACAAUGAAGUAGGCCGAAAGAAAGCGAGUUCUUCAGGCCUCGGUUCUGACUUCUUCCCCCAGUGGAAUGGAGUUCUCAAAGCCCUCUCAGGGUUUCUUAUUAGAGGAAGAGAGAACUACUGACCACAGAAGCAAACCCAGGACUCUAGUUACAUGGGUCAGGAGCUGCAGAGAGACAGGCCACAGGGCUCUGCCUCCAAAAGCUGCACUGCUGGGGGCAACCUGGCCAAGGAGAGCAGUCUGCCACCCCCCCACACACACACCUGAUUGGGGUGUGGAUACUUCCAGUCAUACUUUCCUCCAUCAAUUCCCAUCUCAGAGCAGCACUGAGAUGAUUGGCAUCUUCAUUUUAUAAGGGAAUCCAUUGUUUAUGUUAAAGGAAACUGAGAUUUCCCCAGGUGGUCUUCCCUGGUCCCUGGAGAUACGCUCACUUUGUGGGAGGGCAGCCAUAGUGAAAGGGACCUUCUCAGAGGCACUGGGCUUGGUGAAUGAUUGGAUGAAGGAAACUGCAGAGAGCAGUAUGAGCAGCGGGUCCCCUGUGACAGAAGCAAGGCUUCAGUUUAAGCAGCAGAUGAGGAGCAUGAGGAGGAAUGUAUCGCAAGCACAGAGCCUAGACAGGAAGACACCCAUGAGCGGAGCCCUUUGAUGACCAUCACCCCCAGGAAAGGCAACCUAGAGGUGGAAAGCAGCUGAAUGUGGAGCGGGGAGGCUAGAGAACUGAGCACAUGACCUCAGCAGCUUAGGGACUUGAGAAGGAAGCUUGCCUUACCAGAAAGGGUCAAAUGGGAAGCGAGGUAGGUUUAAAAGCAACAAUACUGUACAAGUCUAGUGUGUGUGUGAUGCCAAAUCCAACUGAAAUGGAGAACACAGUCUUAUGUAUCCGUGCUGACUUAUCUCUGCAUCAGCAACCCCAGUGUGCCUCUAGUGGGAAAUAAAAGUUGCUUUGCACUCUGAAAGGUGGUGUGGAAAUUUAACUAUGUAAAUAUGGGUCAUGUUGUUUAUGCUGCGGAAUAUUCAACUGUGUAAAGUUGUGUCACAUUUGUUUAUGCUGCAUUUGUUCAAUUAUGAACAGAUGUGUUGCUGUUUCACCUUGCCUGCCUAAAGCACCUGAUUGGUCUAAUAAAAAGCUGAACAGCCAAUAGGUAGGCAGAAAAGGAUAGGCGGGGCUGGCGGGCAAAUGAAUAAAUAGGAGGAAUCUAGGCUUGAGGAAAGAAAGAACAAAGA